AUGGAGUCCAAAUACGAUUCAGAAACUGUCAAAAAGGCGGCACCCAGGCUUCCGCUUUCUAAAGUCAAGCGAAUCGCUAAGACUGACCCAAUGCAUAUCAUCACUUCACAGUCUGCUGUUGCAGCUGUAGCAUUCGCUACCGAGCUAUUUGUUCAGGUUUUGACUGAGGAAGGACUUGCUUUAGCCCAACUUGAAAAACCUAAUGGGUCAAGGCUUACAUUACGCUACGAUAAUCUUGCUUCAGUGGUUGCAGACUCUGACCGAUUCUCAUUUUUAUCGGACGUAAUUCCUGAGACACACAAUCUAGUUUCUUUGACGCGUGGGAAUAGGGUGCGCUACACCGCCUUGGCUCCUGACCAGAGCAUGCUGCCAUUCAGAGCGCAAGGCACAUCCCCGGUAGUCGAGAACGAUGGUGAUGCACCGGAAGAAGACGCAGAGGAGGAAGAUGGUGUAGAACCGGAGCUGGAAACUGAACUAGACAACGGAUUUGCCGAAGAUUUUGAACUCACUAAAGAUGCGGAGAACCAGAAGAAUCAAGAUGAAUUUGAGAUUAACAACUCUCAAUUGCCGGCAGGAGACGAACUCGAACCGGAGCCUGAGUCUGAAGAACCCGAAGAACUGGACGAACCAGAGAAUGAGGCAGACAAAGAAGCCAGUAAUGAUGUUGUGCUACUUGAUUCAGACCAAGACAGUUGA